AUGUUCGAGACCGUCAGAACAAUCAAUGCCGAUGGCAAGACCACCGACUCGAAAAGAUUCAAGAUCUUGCACGACCCGAACAUCAUGGAAGACCUCGACCUCGAGACCUUAGCUUCAGAAUCCCGCCGCGCAAUCGAUACGGCCAAAGAUGCUUCGGAUCACAAUCGAGAUCACAAUGUGGCCGUGAUCAAGAAGGUUCCUGUUAUUGCGGUCAAGUACCCUAUGGCUGGGGGACAGGUCAAAAGAUUCCAGAUUCGUUUCACGUGCGAUGCAGAUUUCUACGAAGCUCUCAAGCAGUUGGCCAAUAACGGCGUUCAUAUGCUCGAGGCUGGAACAUUUCCAACCAUCCGUCCUCAGACCGCGCAGCAAACGUUCACACAGCCACCCAAUCAACUGCCGCAGUGUCCUACUACUGCUGCCGGAGUGAUGCAAGCUGCGGCAUCUGGCCCAGCUCCCGGAGAAAUCGAGUCCAGGUAUUCAAAUAUUAGCCUGAUGCAACCUCCGCCGCCUUGUGACCAUUAUCAGACCGUCGGACGAGAUACCCAGUACGCUCAGCCACGAGAUAACGCACUUCGCAGCCAAAUUCCUCCCUCUGCACAAGCUGACACCGGACACACCGUCCUCCAGAGUGCAGCUAACCAAAACGUCUCAAGGUUUCCGGAAGCAGGCACUGGUGAGCCACAGGCGGAACCUACGAUUCAAACACUUGUUAGUCGCCCAGCAGCAAUAGAUCUGUACACACCGAGACCGUCGACGGCGCCCGCUCAAGUCUCACAGCAUUUGAGUCAGCUGCUCCCUCCUAAACGCGAACUACCUUUCAAACAACACAAUACAGGUGCAAGGGCCGGCUUGGAGCCUGUGAAUAGCAUGGACCCAUCUGCAAGGGACCAAACAGGUCAGAUUAGUGCAGUUGAGAUGAUGAAGGGCACUGCUCCUAAUUUCGACACCAUCAUCCCCAAUUCUCAGGAGCUUGAGUGUCAGCCUCCAGCCAAGAAAACCAGAGUCACUAGAUCAAAAGCAGCUUCGAGAAGUCAGCCAUCUAAGACUCAAACCAAAGAGCCUACCAAAAAGGCAGCAGCUCCAAAACCUGCAGGUAAAUGUGAUGCGUGCAAAAGCAGAGGCUCCAGAACCCGCUGUAACCACAAACAACAGUCGCCUCCCCUACCAAGCAUCGAGGAAGUGUUUGAGCCCAAGAAGCAAAAGGCUGCGACGGAAGUUGUUGACAACGAUAUUGACACACAAGCGCUACUCGGCCGUGCAGCAACCACGAAGAAGCGGACCGCAAGGAAGCCCCCCGCCAGGAAGCGCGAGAUGUCUGAGCAACCAGAUACCACUCGUGUAACGCGAAGCAUGAGCGUCGCAGGGAAGGCGACAAGGCCUGACAACACAGAGGCAAAUCGAGCCAGAGCCGAGGACAAUCCCGACGACCAAAAGCCAGUCGGUGCCUUUCCUUGCACGCCAGCGGAGCAGCUCAUUCACCCCGCCACGCCCCGUUCGCCAACAGCCAAUGUCGUAAUCGACAAAUCGCCACAACCUGCACCGGCGCCGUCUCGGUCACAAGCCCAAGUCGAAGUCGAAGCGACCUACGAGGAGGUCCUUGAAGACUUCAGCAGUGUCCUAGACAGCUACCCGCAGUUCGCUAAUGCAGACAAGAAACUCGCCGGCUUCGCCAGCCUGUCAAGCGUGGCGCGCAAGCAGGUUCUCGAGCAGUGGUGUAUCCAGCAGUACAAAAGCAAGGAUUUCAGAGUGCUGUGCCGAGCCAUGGACGCUAGUGUGAGCUCGCAGCUGGCACUUACACUUUGA